GUUCCGAGUGGGUCCCCGGAAGCGAAAAGUAGAAAAGAGACAAAAUGGAAGCUUUGAUGUUAGUUAUUCUGGUUACUCAAAUAAUCGGUGUUUUCUCACAAGCAGUGAUCCCAGCUAGCAGAACAAAAGAAAUAUGUUCAGGGUCUCGCAUGGUACUGAAGUUUGAUGAGGUGACCUAUACACCAGGAAACAUUGUAAGCUGGCACUUCAUACCUGCUGGAGGAUCUGAGGAGGAAGAUGUUGGCCUGGUGAGAACCUCUCAGAAAGUCACUGCUGUUGGAAAAUUCGAAAACCAUACACUAGAGAGAGUUGGUGAUUUAGGAAUGGCAUUGUCUGAUGUGAGGAUAAGUGACAGUGGAUUGUACCGAGUCAGUCAGAAUCCCAACCUCAGAUACAAAGUAACUGUAAAAGAUCCAUGUCUGAAUUCCUCUAUGGUUGCAUCUCAGGGAGUCAAACAAUGUGCAGAAAUACAUUGUCAAACAAGAAGCACCUUCUUAAGAUUUGAAGUAGAAGGAGAUACAGAACAGAUUACUGAGAAUCCCAACACAUUCUGCGCUCUCUCUGUUACCAAUGUGACCUGUUUUGUUGAAGUGAACGGCCAGGAGCUGUCAAAUAGCAUCACUGUUGACCUGAAACCUGAUGAUGAUGACGAGAAUUAUGACAAGAAUUCUGAAGGACUUGGAACCGGAGCAACCGUUGGCCUCAUUAUUGGUAUGAUUGUGAUUGUGGCUAUCAUGGGAGGCCUUGGAUAUGUUGUUUGGAAGAGAGCCAACAACAGCAAAGGCUAAUGUGAUUUUGGAAGAAGAUCAGAACCAUCAUUCCAGAUUGGAACUUUCAGGGUGAUAAAAACCACACCUAUCUGGCUGUUUUUAAAAACAUUUUGAUUCAAUGUGAACAGUUUUUAAAGUCAAGUGUAUCUGUCUACUGUAAAUCACUUAGAUUUUGUAAAUACUUUAUUUUGAGACAUAUUUGCGAAUACAUGAUUUCGCGAACGCUGAUCUAGAAAUUACUCGAAAAUCGCAAAUGAUGAGCUGUUGGAGUCAUUGACACUACAAGACUCGUAUAUUAGUAGCCCAUAAUUUACAGUAUGACUUUUUUUGUAUUUUUGAUUGAUUUACCAGUACGAUUUUAAGUGGUUUAGGUCUGAGUAUUUUACAAUUAUGCUUUUCAGUGUUUUUUAUCCGAGUGUGUGAUUUUAAACUUCCUCUGAUCAACAUUAUCCCCACGCAUGUGCGAAUGUGAUCCUGAUUGCUUGAAGUCAAAAUCAAUAUAAAAGAUUACACUUGUCUUAGGAAUAUUUGCAAUAAGUAACGUGAUAUGAUAGGAUAUGAAGUGUAGGUACAUCAUACAGCUAGGUGCUUCCAAUUGUGUGCGUUUUACAAAGUAUUGUUCACUUAGGAAGACAAUAUAAUUUUUAAAAAAAUGUAAUUAUCCUUAAAGUUGUGUUAUCAAAGAAAAAAGAGUCCUUUAUAUAUUGGUAGGGGUUCAUUAUAGAAGAUAGGGGUAAAUCUUCACACAAAAUCAUACAAAAGAUACACACGUGUGGAUUAAAUCAUAUAUUUAUAAUUUAUAGUGCCCUGUAUACUACUCCAAUAAAACGAUUAGACUGAUUUUGAUUAAAUCACAAUAUGCCACAUUAAAAGUAUUAAUUUUCUGUUUACGAAAUUUGUAACUCCAUAACUUCAUUAACGAAAACAUGCAGUAAAUCAAAAAAAUACCGCGCGAAUUUUUUGUUUAUUUUGAUUUGAUAUUCUAUUUAGCGGCACCACUGAGAUAUAUGAAAGUAAGAAAUUAGUAAUGAGAUAUCAAAAUUCAUGGUCCGUUUUAUUGACCCUUUCAUGCAUAUUUUGUCAUUUUUGUCUUUGCACGAUUACAAUUUUUUUUUUUUUUUUUUACAGUUUUAUUAACUUUAGAGAAUAUUAUUUUUACCUUGUCGUAAGUAUUAAAAUUUCGCCAAGGCCUUCAGGUUCGCUUCGCAAUGUUGUGGCACACCAACCGUCCGUCAGUUUUGGUGGUUUUUUUUAAAUGUUUAUUUUAUAGAAACGUUACGUGUCUAUAAUAUCUAAGAUCAUUUUGACACGUUUAGUCUGCAGUUUUUUUGUUGUUUUUUUUAUGAAGGAGUUUCAGUUAAACAGAGGACGAAUCGGGAAUAAUCAAAUGUUAUAUAAGGAAAGAUGUCUCUCCUUUUGUAGUAAUAUGUUGAGUCCAAUGGAAAUGUUAAAUUAAAGGAAACGAGAAUACACGUUUUGCCACGCAUGUUAAACAUCCUGGUUAGCAGUUAAAUUUUACUGGGUCUCUUGUGCAGUUUACAUUUCAAACACGAGUGCUUCCAAUACAUUAUUCUCUAUAUAGGAAAAACACAUUACAAUUGUACGAGUUCUCUGUUAGUUCCUUACCUAACCUAAACCAGGUUAACUAAAUUUACAGUUUAUUCAAAUACCCAAUAUAAUACAUAUUCCGUUGCGAGUAUAGUUCAAGACAUAACUUUUUUUAAUGUGUGAAUUUUUGUGUUUAAUAUGUUUUUAAAAAAUUCUUUUUUGUGACUGACCAUUUUUGAAGUACACUUUAUAUACACGUUUACCAGUAGCAGUGGUACGGUGUAGUGUGUGAUUUAAAAACUGUUCACUUCAUUUGGAGUACCUGUUCUAAUUUCUGUAAUCAAUAUUGUGCAGCAUUCAAGAUAUACAUUAUUAUAAUAUGUUAUAUACGAUAUAUCCAGAUAUAUAUAUAUAUACUUACAUAAUCAUAUAAGAUUGAUCAUACUCUUGUGAAGUACAGGACCGACAUUGCUCCCCGAAUAAAUGUCAACAUGGUCUGCUAGAUUUGGAACUUCUGUUUCUCCUCAGAAUGUGUUAAUGCAUUCAACAAUACAAUAAUAGUUGUAGAAUAAAUUUAUCAUGCCUGAUAUACUUUUUGUAUACCUUUUUAUAGAAUAUUUUGCCAAUUUACUAGCGUUAAUGCUGCCACUAGACUUGGUUUACAUACCACUGGAGUACUUCGGAUUUAUUGCGGAAAAGACCGAGAUUGUGGUUUUGCUGUUCAGUCAAUGAAAUACAUUUUUUAUUAUACAAAAACGAAUUUAUGAUACGAAAUCCACGGCUUGUACACUAAAUGAAUGUUGCAAUGCAAUUUCCAUUUCAUGUUUGUAUCAAAGUAAUGUAUUCCUCUUCUUGAGAUAUUUACUACCAGUCACCACCUUAAGUAGGCUUAUCACCUGCGUUAUGGAAGAAAUUUUUAGAAAGAUUAUAAAUUUUUUAUUGGAUAUAUCACAAUCAAUGAAAGGCAUAUAAAGGCCUAGUCUGAGUAAUAGCACGUGCUUUGUCACGUGCAGCAAACAGAAAAAAAAUAAGCAUUGGCAGUUCAUGCUUUUAAUAUUCAGACAACGGAAAUGAUGUCUGUUUUCCGACUGUUUUUAAAUAAUCAAAGGUAAAAGUAAUUUUCCACGCUACGGUUAAUGCCGCGGUGGCCGAGAGGUUAAGGUGUCCAGACACUUUAUCACUAGCCCUCCACCUCUAGGUUGCGACUUAAGCAUAUAAACACACGUGGGGCAGUUGCCUGGUACUGAUCAGUCAUGACCGUAGGUCAGUGGUUUUUCUCUCCUCUACCUCGAAAACCAGGCACAUCCUUAAAUGACACUGGCUGUUGAUAGGACGUUAAAAAAAAUCAACAAAAAACAAAAUCCUCGGUUAAUGGGAUAGCUAAGAUAUGGUUAACAUAUCUAAUUAUUACUUGUGUAGAAGUGAUGGAAAACUACAAAACCCGGUGAUACAAUCCCGUACUCCACAGUGACUUAUAUUUACUGGGUACCAAUUACUGGUCAACUGUAUCUAAAGUCACUAAUCAACACUGGUAGUAUAUCUUUGUGACAAAGAUAUAUCUUUCUUCUUAUCAUCAUUAUCGAUAUCAAUGAUCUUUCGUUCAUUGAUAUGCGUUAAAGAGACUAAGUAGAUUCAUGAUAGCCAGUUUUUGCACUAUUAAGAUGUCUUGAUGAGAUCGUUUUUACAAUAGUAAUAUUUUUAGUUUCUAGUCAUUUUCGCUGUGUAUACCAUUGACCUGCAUGUUUAUAAUGUGUAUCUGCUAUAAUGUAUGAAUACUUGUGUGAUAAAUAUGUCCAUUAUCAUCUUAUUUAAUCAAUAUACAUUUGUAUCGUGUGGCAUGCUUGCUCCCUAUCGAAUCAUGUAAUUUGUAGCGGUACGAAAUUGUAAUGAAUUAAUGGAUUUUCGGGAAGUUUAGACAAUGAAGAAUUACUUAGAAAACUAUGAUGAUAUUAAUAUAUUGAACAUUUUAAAAUUUCUCACAUGUAAUUAAUGCAAUUCUUCAUAAAUGUUUUAAUUUGGAUACAUUUCUGGAGAGCUGAAAUGAAAGACAUUCGGUUAUAAUUUGAAUUGAGAUGUCAAUCAAUAUUCUACAUGAAAAUAUAUAUAUAUCAAUCAUCGUGUCUAUUUAUCACCGGUAUGGUGUAUUAGUAUGACUUCAAUAAAUUAUCGUUUUUAGCUCACCUGGCCCGAUGAGUCAAGUGAGCUUAUGCCUUGGUGUGGCGUCCGUCGUCCGUCGUCCGUCCGCCAUCAACUUUUCAAUUUAUACCUAUAUUCAAGGCCACACGGGUUAAAUUUGUUAAACCUUUAAUAUACUUCUUCUCAUUUAACAAGAGACCGAGAGUCAUAUUUUGCUGAGCGGUUCUUUAUAUGAAGCCUGACGAAGUUUGUGAACAGAAAUUACAUUGACCAUAUUUAAGCCCACAGGGGUCAGCUGUGUUAAAACACUCAAAAACUUCUGAUCAAUCGGAUGACCAAAAGUAAUUAUAUUUGACUUGUCGGCUCCAUUGAUGAUUCCCGACCAAGAAAUGACUCUGGUCCGUAUUCAAGGUCACAUUUGUCAAAUUGGUUAAACCCUCAAUUACUUCUGAUUAACUGAAAGGCAAAGUAUCGAAAUAUUUUCCUGGUAAAACAAAAAUUUGCAAAAGGAAAUUUGUUUUUUUCUGAUUGAAUAAAAUAACAAGAAUACAGUACAUUUGUAUUUGGCUGGUAGGUUUCCCGGAUUAUGUCAAACAUAACUUGUGAAAGAAGGUCACAGGGGUCAAAUUUGUCAAAGCACAAAAUCAUGAUCUUUAUAUCAACUUAAAGGCACGAAAUCAAAGG